AUGGCGGACACCAAAAUCCCCAUUACCAUCACCUACCGCAAGGCAGGGACUCAACCUCCGAUUUUUGUCGCAGGUUCCUUCUCCGACCCAGCAUGGCAUCCUCAGGAGAUGGAAUAUACCACAGAUGAAGAUGGAGAACAUACCUUCAAAAUGUCACUCACCGCAGAUGAAGGAUCCAAGGUCCAAUACAAGUUCCGUAUUGGUCUUGGCGACUGGUGGGUUUUGAACGAAGACGCUCCCACAGUGGCUGAUGACGCGGGGAAUCGCAACAAUGUCGUCACCGUCAAGCGGCCCAUCACGAAGGGUCCUCUCCAAGCACUGAAGACCGACCUGGCCGAGACUCGUUCUGGUGCCAGCACUCCAGGGUUUGUUCGGACAGCUGCAGAAGUGGCAGACUCUGCGGCACUGCUGGACAAGGAACCACCCGAAGACGAAAUCCCGGACGACGAGGCGGGUAGGCUGGGAUUCAGGAGACUGUCUGCUACGCCCAUGCCCGAGGUUGCCGCCACUGCCGCCGAAGUAGCCGAUACUGCUCGUUGGCUAGAUGAGAACGAGGAUGUGGAUGAUAAUCCAGCCCCGCCUUUACUUGCGCACGAACGCCUCAGCGGUACGAAAGAUGCGAGGGAGGACUUGGAACAGGAUGGACCACCGCUGUUUGCCCAUGAGUGUCUGGACUCAAACGGCAGUGAUACGGGCUCGCACCGCAACCGUCGUGCGUCGAUGCAAAGCACUUCCACCCAUGACUACGAGGUAGAAGACUUUGACUUGUCUGAUCCGAGUCUGGAACGGUUCCCCUCCAGUCGGGGUGAGAUUAUGGACAAGGUCCGGAGGAUAUCGACGGAGCUCGACGAAGACCGGCCAUCUUUUGAGGGAGCUCCUAUAUCCCCAGUCAUCGGGCCUGGCAGGAGGAAGUCAGCAGACUUCAAUGGCGAGUAUCUGUCCCUCUCACCCUCCACCAGCCCCAUUCUUCCCCGUCCGGUCAAGAGGCUAGACAUCCCGCGAGGUUCCCAAGGAUCACAGACACCAGACCGAUCGUCGUCGACUAUGUCUCUCCAGUCCAUUGAAGAAGACAUUGCGGCAGAGGGCGACGUAGACGAUGUUGUCGUCCUACUGCCUAGCCCCCCACGAUCUUCCAAGCCUGUUCCAAAACCGCCGGCCAGCGAUGAGGACGAGGGAGUGGCUUUGAAAGGCCCUAGCGAUGAAUCUUCAAUAGCAAAGGUCACAGAACAGGUCGAUCAGAGCCCUUCACCCCAGCAACACCAGUCAGGAAGCCCUCAGAUAGUCAUUCAUCGCACCGAAUCUGGCACAUCGGGCCGGGACGUUGGUACGAGCCAAGGGGCGGAUGAGGGCUCACCGAAAGCAAAAGGGCCAGCUGUGAAGGAGAGCUCAGGGGUAAAGCAGGACGCGGCGGGCUCAGCCGUUGGAAGUGAGGGUCCGUCUCGCCAGUUGAGGAAGCGGAGUCAAGCAGAGCGCGCAGGUACGCCUACAUCCAUUCACUCCCCCGGUGUGGACGUGGUCAAGAGUAGGGGCUGGAUCAGCGCCUUCUUCAGGCUGGUGUUUGUAGACUGGAUCGGUGGCUUCUUUAAGAGGCUGUGGGGAAGCAAUCGGAAUGCGUAA